AGAGCGAGCUGGAGGUUUAAAAGGCCAUACAUUCAUUCAUUCUCCAACAAUCUCCUUCUCUUUUCCUUAUCUUUAUCUCUUUUUCUUCAUUUCUUCAUUCUUCUUUUCUUCUUUCUCAAAGAAGAAGAAGAAUCAACAAAAAUGGCUUCCAUCACUGUAAUCGGCGCUUCCUCUGCAUACAAACAUCCCUCUCUCGAACCACACAAGAAAAAACUAUCAUCCAUUUCCACUUCCUCAGUUAAAUUCCACUCUCUCGACUCCAACAAAUCCCGCCACGUCACCAACACUCUCCUCAGACAUAACAACCGUCUCGCCAAUUUCAACUCCUCCUCCUCCUCCGAUAGGUUUAUUCCUUCUGCUGUUGCUACUCCAAAUUCUUCCUCUUCUUCACUUCUCAGUGAUGAAGCAUUUCAAGGAUUAGGAGGACCUAGAAGCUUCGACGGUGAUGAUGAAGAAGAUGAUGAUUUCCCUUCACGAACUGCUUCUAUUAGCUCCGAUGAACUUGACAUUUCUAAACUCGAUUUGCCUUCGCAACUUGUGGAUUCACUUCGUAAACGUGGGAUUACUGAGCUUUUUCCUAUUCAGAGAGCUGUGUUAGUUCCUGCACUACAAGGUAGAGAUAUCAUUGCUCGUGCAAAGACUGGAACAGGGAAAACAUUGGCUUUUGGAAUUCCUAUUAUUAAUGGUCUCGAUGAUGGUGAAGAUUCGGGUCCUUACAGCAGUAGCAGGCGUCUUCCUAGAGCCUUGGUCCUUGCACCUACCAGGGAGUUAGCAAAGCAAGUGGAGAAGGAGAUAAAAGAAUCUGCGCCUUAUCUCAAAACAGUUUGUGUUUAUGGAGGUGUUUCUUAUGUUACUCAACAGAGUGCACUUUCACGUGGUGUUGAUGUGGUUGUUGGAACUCCCGGCAGGCUGAUUGACCUCAUCAAUGGGAACACACUUAGGUUGAAUGAAGUUGAGUAUUUGGUACUCGACGAAGCUGAUCAGAUGCUUGCUGUUGGGUUUGAGGAGGACGUGGAAGUCAUUUUGGAAAAGCUUCCACCUAAGAGACAAAGCAUGCUUUUUUCUGCAACCAUGCCUACUUGGGUCAAAAAAUUGGCCAGGAAAUAUUUGAACAAUCCAUUGACUAUUGAUUUGGUUGGCGAUGAAGAAGAAAAGCUUGCUGAAGGGAUAAAACUUUAUGCUUUGUCAGCCACUGCCACUUCAAAGCGAACAAUUCUUUCUGAUCUUAUUACCGUUUAUGCAAAGGGUGGGAAGACUAUAGUUUUUACACAGACAAAAAGAGAUGCUGAUGAAGUAUCGUUGGCAUUAACAAAUAGUAUCACAUCUGAGGCACUGCAUGGCGAUAUAUCUCAGCACCAGAGAGAGAGAACAUUGAAUGGUUUCAGACAAGGAAAAUUUACAGUGCUUGUUGCCACUGAUGUUGCAUCUCGUGGACUUGAUAUUCCCAAUGUUGAUUUGAUUAUCCAUUAUGAGCUUCCAAAUGAUCCCGAGACUUUUGUACAUCGUUCUGGUCGUACUGGCCGUGCAGGAAAGCUAGGUACAGCCAUUCUGAUGUACACGGGUAGCCAGAGGAGAACAGUUAGAUCCCUUGAGCGUGAUGUAGGAUGCAAAUUUGAAUUUGUUAACGCACCGUCUAUGGAAGAUGUUUUGGAGGCAUCCGCUGAGCAAGCUGUUGUCACACUUGAUAGAGUUCAUCCCGAGUCUAUUGCAUUUUUCACUCCAACUGCAGAGAAACUGAUUGAAGAAAAAGGAACAACUGCCCUUGCAGCUGCACUGGCACAACUGAGCGGAUUCGCCCAACCUCCGUCUUCCCGGUCUCUUAUCACCCAUGAACAGGGAUGGGUUACAUUGCAAUUAACUCGAGAUUCAGAAAAUUCUCAAAGAUAUUUUUCAGUAAGAUCAGUCACCGGGUUUCUUAAUGAUGUAUAUUCCAAAGCGGCCGAUGAAGUUGGAAAAAUACAUUUAAUUGCAGAUGAAAGGGUUCAAGGAGCCGUUUUUGAUCUUCCAGAGGACAUUGGUAAAGAGUUACUUGAGAAGGAUGUACCACCUGGAAACACCAUUUCCAAAGUCACUAAGUUGCCUGCUUUGCAAGAUGACGGGCCUGCAAGUGAUUUCUAUGGGAAGUUUUCCGAUAGAGAACGAAGUAACCGCAGAGGUUCUAGAGAUGGGAGAGGAGGUUUUAGAUCCUCACGGGGAUGGGAUGGAGGCCGAGGCCAAGGCCGAGGCUCUGAUGAUGAUUUUGGUGACUCUUCUAGGAGGGGUGGCAGAAGUUAUAAAAGUGGCAACAGCUGGUCCAAACCAGAAAGAAGCAGCCGGGAUGAUUGGCUAAUUGGAGGCAGACAAUCAAGCAGGUCUCCGUCAUCACCGAACAGAAGCUUUGAUGGGGCCUGUUUUAAUUGUGGGGAAUCCGGGCAUCGAGCAUCGGAUUGUCCAACCAAGCGAGGCGGCGGCGGCUUUUAUUAAUCCCCUCCCAUGAAUUUAUUUUUGGGUAUUCCUUUGUCCAAUGAUGUGAGCUGAGGUCACUGCUGUUGGCCUAUUGGGGUCAGAAAAAUUCAAAGAUGCAUCCCAAAAUAAUUACAGAACUGAUGUUUAUUUGCAUCUCCUUGUCGGCAGAAUGUCCUUAGACGUCUCCUUUCCCGGUCCUCGUGUUUUUCAGUCUUGAUAUAGAAAUUAGUAGUAGUAUUCAGUUAAAAGGCUUGGUUUUGCAUUCUUCUUUUUGGGAGAAGGAAAAAGGGGAGGGAAGGAGCGUGGUUGUAUACUUGUAUGGUCCUGUGUUCUACUUAACAUUGUUAUGUAAUUUAUUUUCCAUCUUAUAGUGGUUUAGAAACAGAUAGACAGGAAUACCUUUAAAGUUUAAAUUAAUGCAAAAUUUAAACUCUUAUGUAAUUUAUUUUCCA